AAGGCCCGGCCUGCUGCAGCGGUACACAAUCAUCAGCCAAAGAGCAGUACCAGUGGGUUGCUUCACACGAAAUUCACUUUAUCCUGGAUGUAUCAGGUUGCGUGGUGCUGAUACAACAUGCAAGACCUUGGCCAAGGACACCUUGCAAGGAGAUCUUUUUGAACCAGACUAAGUGGACAUAUUGAUUCUCUCAUGGAAAACAAGUUUGUGGAUAGAGUUUAACUCAUACUUGCAGAUUGAAAAGUGAUGCCAUCAGUACAUCGGCAAAAUAAUACCAUCAUGGAAAGGCAGAAGUCAGUGAAUGCCGUUGCUUCAACGCAGUUGGGAGGAGAAUCAAGUACCUUCAUUUGCACUGAGUGUGGUGAUGGGUUCAGUCAGUACUCUAACGUGUUGGCCCACAUGGCCAUUCAUGGACCUUUGGAGUCAUUUUCCUUUGAUGGCUCAUCCAAUGGAUUUGAAGUCCCCCGAGAAUAUGUGCUACAAGAAAAUGGUACCCUGGCAGUUGUGAAUGGCUUUGAGUCACAUUCGUCUGUGAAACCAGUAUCUCCUGGAGUCCUGCCAUCACAUUUCUCAACACCUGUCAAACCAGUGUCUCCAACUCUAAGGCCACAGCCUUCUCCUUAUAGAGAUGUGUUCAGGCCGAAGCCAGCAGAGUUGAACUUGGACAAGUCUCGUCAGGGCCAUUACCGUUGUGAAAUAUGUAGCAGAUCAUUUAACACACUGCAGAGUUUACAUCGUCACCAGCAAUAUCGAAACACAGAGCGAGGUUACAAGUGCACUUUGUGCUGUAAGAUCUUUGAAGGUAGACAGGAACUUAAGAAUCACCUCCAAGACCACGCCAGUGAGAGGUUUCACUGUUGUAGUCACUGUGGUAAGCGAUUCCUUAAAGUGGAUGCACUCACUGCUCAUCAGAAAGAAAAUCACAUCUCCACCAAAGCUACAGCUUUGGGAAAACCUGUGAAUAAGCCAGAAAAAAAGAUUGAAAAAACAUAUCCUUGUAGAAAGUGCAAGUUGAAUUUUUUCUGGAUGUCAGAUUUUCAGACACACUCACUGCAUCAUUGCAAAGGGAAAGAGCCUGAUGCUACGUUAGCAACUGAAAUUGAAAUUGAAGUGAACUCUAAAAACACAGAAGACAUCCCACUUGAAAACUGCUACAGUAAUGGUACAUCUGUUGAUGUUAAGAAUGGGGAUAGAAAAAUCUUUAGGGAUACUGGCAAUGAAAUUGAUGCUGAAUCUUCUUUCAGACCAUAUAGAUGUGGUUUAUGUGGGGAUCGUUUCCAAAAGCUAACUGCUUUGAAGGAGCACCAUCUCACACAUCAGACUCAGGAGGAAAUAGAUAAGCUGAAUCAAGAAUCAGAAAAAACAUGUAAGCGUAGGAUGCCACCUAAAGCCAGACGUAGAAGAGGGAGUAAUCCAAAUGGCAAGCUGCAUCCUUGCAAGCACUGUCAUCGUGUCUUUAAUCAUUCUAGUAGUUUAUCUCGCCACAUGAGAUACCAUAAGGGUACGAUGCACACAUGUGCAUUUUGUGGAAGACAUUUUCCACAGCGUUGUGAUUUGAGAAGACAUAUAGCCAUGUACCACAAAGCUGAAAUGGAAAAGAAACCAGCUUUAAAACACUUGCACACAAAUCCACAAAAUGGGGCUGCCCCCAAUUCUCUCAAUGGCGAGAAAAGCCCAGGUUCUCCUGACGAGAAAACAAAGAGCUCCUCUGACAAUGAACAAGCGGCAUCACCAGAGCAGCAGCUAAAGGGAAAAUCGCCGGGAAAAGCAGGUCGAGUUAACUACAAGUGUCAGGAAUGUGGAAAGAGAUUUGGGCUGUUAUGUGUGUACCAACGGCACUUGCGCUAUCACAAAAAGGAACCCACUAAGUGCCCAAAGUGUCCAGCUCAAUUCAAGAACUCCUCAUCGCUUGAGCUUCACCUUCGAAAUCACCCAAGCACUGAAGAGGCAAAUAAUAGACAAACAUCUCAAGACGCUGGUUCCUGUGGGGACCCUGUCUCAGAGAAGGGUAAUGCGGAGGACAUAGAGGAUGACUAUAUGGACCACACUGCAAAUGAUAAAGACAAGUCUUCAGAGGAUCUUUAUGAAUGCACUGAGUGCACUGAGACAUUCUCUUGCCUGGACACGUUUCUUCAGCACCAGACUUCUCAUGGCUCAGAAAACAACGGGUAAAUGUCACAUUGGACCCAUUAGUUAUUGUUAUUGCCAACAAUUAUGCUCUCAGGAGAGUGUUUUUUUUUACUUUUGAAUGCGAAAAUUUGCAGAUUGUACAUAUGGGUGUAAAGUUUGUUUCUAACAUUAUUUUAAAAUGCUGUUUGAUUUACUGAACUACUUUUAUACGCUGUCUUUCUUUGGCAUGAGGAGAAAAAUUCUCUCUUUUUGGUGAAUUUUAGAAACCAGUGGAAACCAGAAAGUAAGGCUUAGGUGGACAGGAUACCAAAUGAUUUUUCCAAAAAAAAAUCUAAAUUUUAAAAAACAACAUGUCUGAAAUCUGUAAAUUGUUAUGUAUUCUCCCACAGGCUCCAGGUGUAGUUAACUUUAUAAUUCACCAUUAUUGUUUUCUAGCUAGGAUUAUUAUGUUGCUUGUCAUUGUAUUUUUAGUGGCCACCAAUGCUGUUAUUGUCAAUCAUGUUACUGAAUUUUUCAUGCAAUUUUUGACAUUGUCUUUAAAAUGUGGUAUAUUUAUCCUUUGAAAGGGGUAGUAGUGUCAUGGAGUGGAUUUUUUGUUAUUGUGCCAUUAAAGUUGUACAGAGAAAAUUA